UUUUUCAUAGGGAGCUCUGCAGAUUUGUUCUGGCGCUUAAUUCUGUUUAGUCCUCUGCUUUGUGAGAGCUACAAUCUUUUUUUUUUACUGCGAAGAUUUUUCCUUCAGGAAUUAGGAUCUGUCAGAACUGCUUGAAAGGAUGCGUUUCUUUGUCCUGUUGAUAUUCACUUGCUGGGAAGUUAUGAUCUGCAAGAGUCAGCAUGAAGAUAUGUGCUCCUUCAGACCAGCUGAUGCACCCCUCAGUCCAAUGUGUAUCUUUCGAAAUCCUGAAAAGACACCUAAUGAAGCAGACAAAGACAAAGUGUCAGAGCUGGUCCCAGAGUUCACUAAUCCUCGUGUCUGGGAACUUUCCAAGGCAAAUUCUAAAUUUGCUAUCAAGUUGUAUAAACAUGUGGCAGAAUCCAAAUCCACUAAUGCCAAUAUCUUCAUGUCACCUUUGAGCAUCUCAACAGCUUUUGCCAUGGCAAAACUUGGUGCCUGUGGAGAAACCCUUAAGCAAAUCAUGGAAGUCUUUCAGUUUGAUACUAUUAAAGAGAAGACAUCUGACCGGAUACAUUACUUCUUUGCCAAGCUGAACUGCAGAUUAUACAAAAAAGCCAACAAGUCCUCAGAACUGGUAUCUGCUAACCGCCUGUUUGGGGAGAAGAGUCUGGUCUUUAAUGAGACCUACCAAAACAUCAGUGAGACAACAUAUGGGGCUAAGCUAAUGCCACUAAACUUCAAGGAAAAAUCAGAACAAUCAAGGCAUAUAAUAAAUGAGUGGAUAUCUAACAAGACUGAAAAUCGAAUAACAGACAUGAUCCCUGAGGGAGUCAUUACCACUGAUACUGUUUUAGUCAUGGUAAAUGCCAUGUACUUUAAGGGCCUUUGGAAAUCAAAAUUUAAACCAGAAUUUACUCAUGAUGCAGAGUUUUACAGACAAGAACAUGAUUACUGCCAUGUGCCCAUGAUGUAUCAAGAGACGAAGUUUAAGUAUGGCAAGUUCGUCAAAGACAGAGUUCAAGUAAUAGAAUUACCAUACAAGGGAGAUGAUAUUGCCAUGAUAUUAAUCCUGCCAAACAAGGAAGUUGGCUUAACUGAGGUUGAAAAGACCCUGAACUUUGACAAAUUACACUUCUGGCUUAAUAGUAUGAAGGAACAUGAAGUGGCUGUGUCAUUGCCUCGAUUCCAAAUCAGUGACAACUUUAGUUUGAAAGAAAGGCUUGAGCAGAUGGGCCUGUUGGACUUGUUUAAUCCAGACACUUCCAAUUUACCAGGCAUUGUAGAAGGAGGACGCAAGGAUAUUUAUAUCACAGAUGCUUUCCAUAAAUCAUUUUUGGAGGUAAAUGAAGAAGGGAGUGAAGCAGCUGCAGUGACAGCACUGAUAUUUACAGGUCGGUCUCUCAACAUUAACCGUGAAAUCUUCAAUGCCAACAGAUCCUUUAUUCUGCUAAUCCUGGAGAGCAGAAUCCGCUCUAUUAUCUUCAUGGGGCGUAUCUCCAACCCUUGUUCUCAAUAACUAGACAAAAAGAGUAAUAAAUGUCUUUCCAUUCAUCUCUUGCUAACUGCAAUACACAGGAAAAGAUGAAUAUGAUUUGCUAUCAGAACUGAUAACUGCUAUGAAAGUUUGUACUUGACAAAUUUUAACCUGUGAGCAUUAAAUUCUAAUACUGACCUUUACAAUGUAUAAGAGAUGACUAGAAUGUUCAGUACACAAUUUCUUCCAUUAAAGAGUACAUGAUAAACUGAA